CUAAGAAUAAAUUCGGUUAAAUUUCAGUUUUGUAAAUUAGCUAGGUUGCUAAUUAGGUGUAAAGUUGCAGUUAUAGCUAGUAAUAGUUAUAGUUAAAGUGAAUUGUGAGCUAUGCUAACGACUGCUGGCUGCUUCAAGCAUCUGAGUCAUCUCUAGCUAAAAGUUUUUGAAAACAGCAUUAUGACUAAAACAUUUCAUAUAAAUACGGUGUAGUGACAGGAAAAGAAUUCAGCAUGGCCUCCCAUGGGAACCAGUGCUCCUGCAGCGCUCAUCUUUCAACCCCAAGCGUCCAUCAAACUCUAGAUGAGAUGGACUUUGAGAGAGGCAUAUGGUCAGCAGCUCUGGACGGCAAUUCGGACAGGGUCCGGUCACUUUUGAACAAAGGAACAGAUCCGAAUAUGAAGGACCAGGCUGGAUACACUGCUUUGCACUAUGCCAGUCGGGCAGCUCACCAGCCGGUGUGUGAGCUUCUCCUGGAUCAUGGCGCCUGUGCCAAUUCUCAGACACAUGGUGGCGCCACUGCUCUGCACAGAGCCGCCUACUGUGGCCACAUCAACAUCGUCAAACUGCUUCUGAAACACAGAGCUGAUCCUGGCUUAACUGAUGAUGACGGAUCUACACCUCUGCAUAAGGCUGCUGAGCAGGGCCAUCUGGAGACGUGUGUGUUGUUAGUGCGCAAAUAUCCCAUCCUGAGAACCAUAAAGGAUAAAAAAUCACGUUUACCUGUAGAUCUCAGUCCAGACCAGAACACCUUCUUAGAGUUACUGAAGCCUCCUCAAUGAUCUCCACCACGAUUCCUCAAAGGAGCCCUGAAUCUCUGAAAAGUGCCGUUUGAGCAAAAGGAGACGGUUCAGAUUUUGGCCCAGAUCUCCACAACUCCAUGCAUCCUCAUCAUCAUCCCAAAGCUUGUCUAUACCCUCAUCUCCUUUCCCUUCCCAUCCUCACUCCAUCCUUAUCCCCAGCUUCAUUCAUAUCCUCAUCCUCUCCAUUGGCAUCAGUAACCCCAUCCUCAUCUCAAAGCUCAUCUACACCCUCAUUUCCUUUCCCAUCCUCACUCCAUCCUUAUCCCUAACUUCAUUCAUAUCCUUAUCCUCUCCAUCAGCAUCAACAACCCCAUCCUCAUCUUCUCCAUCUUCAUCAACAACCCCAUCCUCAUCUCAAAACUCAUCUACACCCUCAUUUCCUUUACCAUCCUCACUCCAUCCUUAUCCCUAACUUCAUUCAUAUCCUCAUCCUCUCCAUCAGCAUCAACACCCCCAUCCUCAUCUUCUCCAUCUUCAUCAACAACCCCAUCCUCAUCUCAAAACUCAUCUACACCCUCAUUUCCUUUACCAUCCUCACUCCAUCCUUAUCCCUAACUUCAUUCAUAUCCUUAUCCUCUCCAUCAGCAUCAACACCCCCAUCCUCAUCUUCUCCAUCUUCAUCAACAAACCCAUCCUCAUCUCAAAACUCAUCUACACCCUCAUUUCCUUUACCAUCCUCACUCCAUCCUUAUCCCUAACUUCAUUCAUAUCCUUAUCCUCUCCAUCAGCAUCAACAACCCCAUCCUCAUCUUCUCCAUCUUCAUCAACAACCCCAUCCUCAUCUCAAAGCUCAUCUACACCCUCAUUUCCUUUCCCAUCCUCACUCCAUCCUUAUCCCUAACUUCAUUCAUAUCCUCUCCAUCAGCAUCAACAACCCCAUCCUCAUCUUCUCCAUCUUCAUCAACAACCCCAUCCUCAUCUCAAAACUCAUCUACACCCUCAUUUCCUUUCCCAUCCUCACUCCAUCCUUAUCCCUAACUUCAUUCAUAUCC